AUGUCGGAACACGUACGGCCGAAGCACUACCGGAAGGAGCCGCUAGGAUGGGCGCCCCAAUUCAUGGCGCUCUGGAUCUCGCGCGUCCUGUUCUAUCCGACCCUCAUCUACAACGUCACGCUCUACUACCUCUGGCCCACCAAAUUCCGAAACUGGUGGGACCGUGUUGACGACUCCAUCAUCCUGGGCGCUCUUCCCUUCUACUGGCACGUACCUCUGCUGUACAACCAGGGCGUGAGGGGCGUGGUCAACACGUGCGAUGAGUACGCCGGACCCGUUCAGACCUACGCGCGCUACGGCAUCGAACAGCUCCGCGUCCCGAUUGUGGACUACUUCCCGCCAACCCUGGAGGACGUGAAGGUGGCCCUGCGCUUCAUCCGCAAGCACACCAACAACGGCGACAGCGUCUAUGUCCAUUGCAAGGCUGGCCGAGGACGGAGCACCACCAUCGUCCUGUGCUACCUCAUCGAAAGAUAUCCUGGGGUGAAGCCCGUCGAAGCCCAGACCCACUUGAACAAGAAGCGGCCGCAGGUGUCGCCCAACGUAUGGAAGCGCCAGGUGGUGUUCGACUUCUGGGACACCGUGCCGCAGGACGAGGACGCGUCCGGCACGCCCGUGACCAUUCCCGAGCCCGGCACCAGCACCAGCACCAGCACCGCCAUCACUUCAGCUGAUGGUGGCGCCGAUGACAACAAGAAGGACCAGUGA